AUGAGCGUGUCAGACGUUUUAGAUAAACUACUCAUUGAUAUUCAAAACAUUGAUAUUCAAAAUGGUUUUGGUUUCUCUUCUUAUGGCAUUCGUGGAAAGCCAGGUUCCGAAACCCCUGAAAGUCCUGAAACCUCCGUAACACCAAAUAAUGAAUUACCAAAUAAUGAAUUUAGAUACUCUAAUAUAUUUGAUGAAAUGACAUCCGAAUUAGAAAGAAUUGACAAUGCAUCCAGAUUAGAAAGAAUUGACAAUGCAUACAAAUCUAUCGAGGGUUUUGAGAAGAGCAAAGACCUCGAGAAUGAUGCAGAAAACGUAGGAACUAUGAUUGCAAGAAUGAAAUGGUACAAAGUUUAUAGAUCUAAAUAUGGGAAUAUAAAAAUAUUUGGUCAUUUUUGGAUGAUUCUUAGUGAUAUAAUUAAAAUCCAGGCUAUGCUAAUUAAUCAACGACAACCGAAAGAAAUCAAUGUUUUUAUUGAAGAGGUGUUUAUUAAAGGAUAUUUUGUGUUAGCAGACGAUUGUUGGGGAAAACGAAGCUUUCAAGAAUUCAGGACGGCUCAUUUAAAAUUAGGCAUUAAUGUUUAUGAUAAAAUUGUAGGAUCUGAAAUUUUUAUAGACAUGUGUAAAGAGAUUGCAGCUAUUGUUAGUUUUAUUAAUAUAAUGACAUCAAUUUAUGUAAAUAAUAAUGAAGUAAACCCAAGAACUAAAACAUUUUUUGAACAAAUUCCUGAAGGUGCGGAUUUGACUAGCAUUAUGAAUCAGUGUAGAGAAUUAAGCAAUAAUAAUGAUGAUAUUUUAGAAAUGGAAAACGAGAGGAACAAAAUGAAUCAAUGUAGAGAAUUAAGCAAUAAUAAAGAUAUUAUCGAAAUGGAAAUGACACAUUAUUUAAAAUCUCUAAAAAGAAGGUUAGCAGCAGUAGCAGAAAUGAAUAAUAUAGAUGUAGAAAAUAAGAGUGAAUAUUUGAAAGCGUUAGAGAAAUCGUAUAAUUGGAAUGCAGUGUAUGAGAAUGACAUUAAUUCUACAAAUAGUUUUAAUAAUACUAACGCUAAUGAUAGCGUUAAUAUUACAAGGAGUAUUGAUGGAGCUUCUCAACCAAUUAAAAGAAGAAAUGAAACGAAAGGAAUUAAAGACUAG